CUCCAAUUCAAUCUUGGCUCCGGCGGGCUAUGACAAGCAUGGACCAAACAUAAAACCUCGCAGCUUUUUGAAGCGCAAGAUCUCCGUCUUUCCACCCUUCAACCACCCCCUUGAAUUUGGGCACUUUAUUAACCAUCCCUAUUUUCGUCAUUGACUAUAUAGCUCACAUUCCAAUUCCCAAAGCUGGUCAUUAUCCCCCACCCGAUCGAGGUUUGAUUUUUCCGGGUUUGGCCAGCGUCUGGAAUUGAGACGGAUCUCUGGCACCAAAGAAAUCGGCCAAAGGAAUAAAGAAAAGCCGACAUACGCAAAAAAAAACGCGCUUUUGCACCUAUUCCCUACACUCGAGUCCAUAAAGAAAGCGGCAUCAUCCGUCCUCCAUCCAACGUGUACAUUUGACAAAUUCGUCCCCUACGGCAGGCGCUUACUUUGACUGUUCCUCGUGUCCCCACUCUGAACCGUCCCCUGUUCUCCUCCUCCUCCUACUCCCUACCUGCAACUCUCCGUUCUUCAGCUGCCCGUUUCGCAGCAGAUCCCUCUCUCGAAGGUCGUCAUGUUCAUGGGCUUUCGAAUUCUUGAACUCAGAGCAGCUGGGUCUCUCAUUUACAGGAGUGUCUUCUGAUCUGCUCGAAACAAAUGAGGAUUUGGCUCCUCCUAUGGCUGGUCUUCAUACUCGCGCAAACCAACCCCUUCAGCAUAGGCAGGAAUUUGGUUUCGGGGCAGUGUCUCGCCGAAGAUCAGAAAUCGCUGCUGCUGGAAUUGAAGAAUAGCCUCAACUUCAAUACUUCUUUGUCCUCGAAAUUGGUCAGAUGGAAUCAGAGCAAUGAUUCUUGGGAUGGCGUGAAAUGCGAAGGGGGCCAAGUGACGGGGCUUGAUCUGACCAACGAGAGUAUCGCUGGUGGACUUAACGACUCAUCGAGUCUUUUCAGACUCAAGGAUCUUCAGAGGCUGAAUUUGGCCUUCAACCGCUUCCAGUUUUCGGAGAUCCCAUCUGGGUUCGGUAAUCUUACCAAUUUGGUGUACCUGAAUCUUUCAAAUGCGGGCUUCACAGGACAGAUUCCCAUUGGAAUAUCACGUUUGACAAGGUUGGUUACUCUUGAUGUAUCCAUGCUUUAUUUUCCUGGGCUCACUUCACUGAAACUCGAGAAUCCGAAUCUAAAGAUGCUUAUUGGGAAUCUUAUCGAGCUGAGAGAGUUGUACCUUGAUGGAGUGAACGUGUCAACCACAGGCAAUGAAUUGUGCAAUGUGUUGUCUUCUUCGCUGCUGAAGCUUCAAGUGUUGAGCAUGACGAAUUGUUAUUUAUCAGGUCCCAUUGAGUCUUGCUCUUCCCUUGUGAAACUUCGUUCUCUGUCGGUGAUUAAACUGGGCAACAAUAAUCUGUCUACCACUGUCCCGGAGUUCUUUGCCUUCUUCGGCAAUUUAACAACUCUGCAUCUCAGUUCCUGUGGCCUGCAGGGAGUAUUCCCUCAAAAAAUCUUCCAGGUACAAACACUUCAGACCCUUGACCUAUCAGUCAACCAGCUUCUUCAGGUUUCUUUGCCAGAAUUUCCGGAAAAUGGUUCUCUUCAGACACUGGUUCUUAGUUUCACAAGUAUUUCCGGGAAGCUCCCAUAUUCAAUCGGUAAACUCAGAAAUCUGUCAACAAUAGCAUUGGUGAAUUGCAGCUUGGGUGGAAAUAUCCCAAGCUCUUUCACCAAUCUUUUGCGACUGACUUAUUUGGACUUCUCAUUCAACAAUUUUAGUGGUUCAAUUCCAUCACUAAGCAAGUCCAAGAAUCUGACACAAAUCACUUUGUCCCACAAUAAGCUAACUGGUCCGAUUAAUUCAACACAGUGGGAAUCCCUGUUGACUCUUCUUAAUAUCGACCUGGGAUACAAUUCACUUGAAGGAAAUAUUCCUUUGUCUCUGUUUGCACUUCCAUCGGUUCAGAAGCUUCAACUUUCCAACAACCAAUUUUCUGGUCAACUGAUGGGAUCUUUUAACGCUACAUUGCACAUGCUGGAUACAGUUGAUUUGAGCAACAACAAUAUAGGAGGAGAACUACCGAUGUUUAUAUGGAAACUCCAAGGGCUCAAGUACCUCUCACUUUCUUCCAAUAAUUUCAGUGGCUCAUUACAUAUUAAUUUGGUUUGCCAGCUGAAAAAUCUUUCUUAUUUGGACCUUUCCUACAAUCGUUUUUCCAUUAAUGCCAUAAAUACUGCUUCCCAGGUGUGUCCAUUCCCUGAACUUAGAACUUUAAGGUUGGCUUCUUGCCAGUUGAGGACUUUACCUGAUUUCCUGGCUGAGCAACCCAGAUUGGUAUAUCUAGAUCUCUCUAACAAUCAUAUUCAGGGCAAGAUACCAAAAUGGAUAUGGGGGCUUCAAAAUCUUCAGUAUCUUAAUCUUUCGUCUAAUUUACUAGACGAUAUUGAAACACUGUCACUUAAUCUUACUUCUAGUCUGUCUGUUCUUGACCUCCAUAAGAACCGCCUCCGUGGACAAAUGUUGCCUCUGCCGCCAUCUGCCAUAUACAUGGACUUCUCAAGUAACAACUUCACUUUAGUCAUUCCACCUGCUAUUGGUAUGAGUCUUUCUGGAGCAAUAUUCCUCUCCCUGUCUAAUAACAAGUUCCAAGGGUCUAUCCCAAAAUCAAUUUGCAAAGCUGAAUAUCUUGAGGUACUUGACCUUUCUCAUAAUAAUUUGAUAGGAAAUAUUCCUGAUUGCUUAGUGAUGGAGUCUCUCAAGGUGUUAAACCUGAGAAAUAAUUUCUUGGAUGGGAGCAUUUUCAAUAUCACCGAAACAUGUGGUUUGAAGACUUUGGAUCUGAGCUAUAAUCUAUUACAGGGGGAGCUCCCAAAGUCAUUGGCAAAUUGCACAAAUCUGGAGGUUUUAGACAUUGGAAACAACCAGAUUGAUGAUGUGUUUCCAUGUCAACUGAAGAGCAUUGCAAGUAUACGUGUCCUUGUUUUACGAUUCAACAAGUUCCAUGGAAAGGUUGGAUGUCCAAAGCCUCACGGCACUUGGAAGAUGCUUCAAAUUGUAGACAUAUCUUCCAACAAUUUCAGUGGCACUCUGCCUGCUAAAUGCCUCACAACUUGGGAGGCUAUGAAGUUUAAUGUAGACAUCAAUCAUAUCCAAUAUCCAUUCCUUCCAUUUUCUGGACUUUAUUAUCAGGACACAGUAAGCGUUACCAUCAAAGGUCUGCAAGUGGAGCUGGUGAAGAUCUUGACUAUUUUCACUUCAAUCGACUUCUCACGCAACAAUCUAGACGGUCCAAUACCUGAUGCUCUGGGGGAUCUCAAAGCGCUUCAUCUCCUCAACUUAUCAAAAAAUGCGUUCUCAGGGCCAAUUCCUUCAUCCCUAGGAAAAUUGCAACAGCUUGAGUCCUUGGACCUUUCAUGGAAUGACCUCAAUGGGAUGAUUCCCCCACAGCUUUUAGAUCUGAAUUUUCUUUCCUUCCUGAACCUCUCAUACAAUAAGCUUGAAGGAAGCAUCCCAGCAGCCAAACAAUUUCUCACCUUUUCAAUAGAUUCCUUCGAAGGCAAUGGCAGAUUGUGUGGAUCACCGCUGCCCACAAAAUGCUCAGAUCCCGAUAGCAAGGGAACAGAUUCCUCAGAUACCAUCAGCACUAAGGAUGGGAAGAAUGAUUCUGAUGGUUGGGGAAGCAUUAAUUUCCAGUUCAUUCUUGUCGGUUUGGGGUUCGGGGCAGGCGCUGCGGUGGUUGUUGCACCUCUUACCUUUUGGAAGACAGGCCAAGAAUGGUAUGAUGAUCUAGUGGAUAAGCUCCUCGAGGUGGUUCUUCCUAAGAUGGGAUUUACGUACACAAGGCAUCACGAUGACAACUUUGAGGGAGACGAGGAUUUCGAAACCAGCAGCACAGCUAUCUUAGGCGGCUAUGGUAGCAAUGAAUUUGAUGAAGAAGAAGAGGACGAGGAAGAAUCUUGGGGACGGUAUUGUGUGUUCUGUACCAAGCUAGACCUCAGUGUGAAGAAAGUCAUACAUGACCCAAAGUGCACAUGCUACGACUCGACACCUAUGUCUUCUUCUUCCUCCUAUUCAUCCUCGUCUUCUUCAUAGGCACUUUCUCGGUCUCUACUCUGAGCUUUUUUUGCUUGCCUUACUGUUCUUUGCAUACUGUAUAUAACACAAAUACCAUUGUCAAUGGUGUUGAGGACAGAACGUGGGAUUUUCUCAGUACAUACAUUAAUGAACAGCAGGGAUCAUCAACCUCCCGCGUGGCACAUUUGCUGGCAAUCCGAUGCGGGGUAGGUUGAUGGAGAAUCUUCUUUCA